AUGUGCAUGUCGCUGGCAGGCCAACUAAAUAAAAUCGCAUUAGCUUACAAAAUGCUUAAACUGAACGAAGAUACGUACGGAAACGAUAAUUCUUCACCUGAUCGUGUGUUACAAGAUUUCAAAUCAAUUAUAUCUGUUCACGCGAGAGUCAUAAUAGAAAUGAGUAGUUUUUAUGAAAUGGUACGACCAAUUGUGCUCACCCAAAUUGCAAUCGUUUCAAAUACUUUGGUGUUCCUAACGUUUGUUAUGACGUUGAACGCAAGAAAUGGUGAACAAGAAGAUUUUUUGCAGACGACUAAGUUAUUUAGCGCAAUUCCCAUGGUUUUACUUGAACUUUUUUUGCCUUGCUACUUAUUUGGGAACAUUAACGAAUAUAAAGACUCUAUAAACUUUGCGUUGUACAGUAGUAACUGGACAGAUUCGAACAUCGAUGUCAAAAGAUUAAUUGUAUUAACAAUGGCAAUGAAUAAUGCUCACCAAUUAAAAAUAAAAGUGACGCCCAACAAGAUAGUAAAUAUGGAAAUAUUUGCCAAUGUAUGUAUAUGA